UUCUCUUUUCUAAUUUAUUUUUUAAAUAUAAAUACUCCACUUGUAUAUAUCUAUAUACCUCUGUCACUUGACUUUUUCAAGCUGGCUGCUGAGUCCACACUUACCAUUUUUGUGCUCUACAAGUUGGUUGCUAAUGGAGUUGGUAGUGGAAUCAGGGGUGAAGAAGAUGGAGGAGGGAGAGGCAACGAGGAGGAACCAAACUCUAAUUUGUGCACCAAUUAUGGCAGACACAGUGGAUCAAAUGUUGAAUCUAAUGCAAAAGGCUAAAACUAGUGGUGCUGAUCUUGUGGAAGUUCGGUUGGAUAGCUUGAAAAGCUUUAAUCCUCAAUCAAAUAUUAAUACUAUUAUCAAACAGUCCCCUUUGCCUACCCUUUUCACUUACAGGUUUUAAUUCCAAAUUUAAGCUCCAAAGAUUGUCUCUUUAUUAUCUUUUUACACUAGUGAAUGUGUCAUAUCUGAAUUGGGUUGCUAAAGUUUGUUCCUUUGUGUGUGUGUGUAUGUGUGUUUUAAUUCUUUUGUAUUUGUGAUAGCUGGAAGCUGAAUAGUGAUGAUUAAGAUUCUAUCUUCUUUUCUUGUUUUGCUAGGAAAUCCAAAAAUAAUAAGGAGAAUAAGCUUGACCUGUAUUAAUUUUAAGGAUUCGGGAUUUCUUACUACAAGCUGAAACAGAUAAAUUGAAAAUGAGUGGGGGAGAGAUAUGUAGCAUACAGUAGCAAAUUUUUGAUUUGCUAAGGGAGGGAUAGGCUAGUGGAAAAGGCUCUCCGCCUCCAAGGCUCCAGCCAUGAGGUGGAGAGUUUGAGUCACCAAGGCGACACGCAGGAAAAACCGUCCCCUCCCCAUUCUGAGGAGAGAUUUUUUUUU